CAAUUACAUAGGUGAAGAUAUUGAAAAGGUGGCCAAGAUGGGUAAGAAGGCUAUUGACUCUCGUAUCCCUGCUCUGAUUAGAAACAAUGUCCAGGAAAAACAGCGUAGUUUUUUCGUUAUUGUUGGUGAUAAGGCAAGAAACCAGCUGCCAAAUUUGCACUACCUUAUGAUGUCUGCGGAUUUGAAGAUGAACAAAUCCGUCUUGUGGGCUUAUAAGAACAAAUUGCUUGGUUUCACAUCCCACAGAAAGAAGAGAGAAGCAAAGAUCAAGAAGGAGAUCAAGAGAGGUAUCCGUGAGGCUAAUGAACAGGACCCAUUUGAGGCCUUCAUUGCAAACCAGCAGAUUAGAUAUGUCUACUACAAAGAGACGGAGAAGAUCUUGGGUAACACUUAUGGUAUGUGUAUUCUUCAGGAUUUCGAGGCAUUGACACCAAACCUUUUGGCUAGAACCAUUGAGACCGUUGAAGGUGGUGGUAUAGUUGUGCUCCUGCUCAAGUCGAUGUCUUCUCUGAAACAGCUUUACACAAUGUCCAUGGAUAUCCACUCUCGUUAUAGAACGGAAGCACACAACGACGUUGUUGCUCGCUUUAACGAAAGAUUUAUCCUCUCACUUGGUGGCUGUGAGAACUGUCUGGUUGUUGAUGAUGAACUGAACGUUUUACCAUUGUCCGGUGGUAAGAACGUCAAAGCCCUUCCGCCAAAGGACGACGACGAGCUUUCUCCAAAGGCUUUGGAGCUAAAAGAGCUGAAGGAAUCGUUGGAGGAUGUCCAGCCUGCCGGAUCAUUGGUAUCUUUGGCAAAGACUACAAACCAAGCGCAGGCCAUUCUUACAUUCAUCGAUGCCAUUUCUGAAAAGACUUUGAAAUCCACAGUUGCUCUUACUGCUGGUAGAGGUCGUGGUAAGUCCGCUGCUCUGGGUAUAUCCAUAGCAGCAGCAGUGGCUCAUGGUUACUCUAAUAUAUUUGUCACAUCUCCAUCUCCUGAAAACUUGAAGACUUUGUUUGAGUUCAUCUUUAGAGGGUUCGACGCCUUGGGAUACCAAGAGCACUUGGAUUAUGAUAUCAUUCAAUCUACAAACCCUGCCUUUAACAAGGCCAUCGUUAGAGUUGAUAUCAAGAGAAAUCACAGACAGACAAUCCAGUAUAUCUCUCCUUCUGACUCACACGUUCUUGGACAAGCUGAGUUGUUGAUUAUCGAUGAAGCUGCUGCCAUCCCAUUGCCUAUUGUUAAGAAGCUUCUGGGUCCAUACCUUGUCUUCAUGGCAUCCACUAUCAACGGUUAUGAAGGUACUGGUAGAUCCCUGUCUUUGAAGUUGAUCCAACAACUCAGAGAGCAAUCCGCUUCCAAUGGCAGAAACGAUGACACUGCUGUUGUUUCUAGAGACAACAAGACAAAUGACGCAGAAGUUAUUGGUCGUACUCUACGUGAAGUGACUCUAGAUGAACCAAUCAGAUAUGCUCCUGGUGAUGCUGUUGAGAAAUGGCUGAACAAGCUUCUUUGUUUGGACGUUUCUCUUUCCAAGCACAGAUAUGGUGCUACUCCAAGUCCUUCAGCUUGUAAUCUAUUUGUUGUUAAUAGGGAUACUCUUUUCUCCUACCAUCCAGUCUCUGAAAACUUCUUAUCCAAAAUGAUGGCACUUUACGUGGCUUCUCAUUAUAAGAAUUCUCCAAACGAUUUACAAUUGAUGAGUGAUGCACCAGCCCAUGAACUAUUUGUUCUUCUUCCUCCUGUUAAUGACAACGAAGGCAAGAUUCCGGAUCCUCUCUGUGUGAUUCAAGUUGCUCUUGAAGGUGAAAUCUCCAAAGACAGUGUUCGUAAGAGUUUAAGCCGUGGCCACAGAGCCGGUGGUGAUUUGAUUCCAUGGUUGAUCUCACAACAGUUCCAGGAUGAAGAGUUUGCCAGUCUGAGUGGUGCCAGAGUUGUUAGAAUAGCAACGAAUCCAAACUACUCAAAGAUGGGAUAUGGUUCUAGAGCUCUUGAACUCUUGAGAGAUUACUAUGAGGGAAAAUUCACCGACAUCUCAGAAAACACCAAGCCAAGAGACUUUUCUGUUAAGAGGGUCUCUGACGAGGAGCUGGAGAAUACAACCUUGUUGAAGGAUGAUGUUAAGCUUAGAGAUGCAAAGACCCUCCCUCCACUUUUACUGAAGCUCUCUGAGAAGCCACCACACUAUUUGCACUAUUUGGGUGUCUCCUACGGAUUAACUGACAGUCUUCACAAAUUCUGGAAGAGAAACGGUUACACACCAGUUUAUCUUCGUCAGACUGCCAAUGAUUUAACCGGCGAGCAUACAUGUGUUAUGAUUGAAGUUUUGGAGAACAGAGAGAAGAAGUGGCUCGAAGAGUUUGCCAGGGAUUUCCACAAGAGAUUUUUACAUUUACUCUCGUAUGAUUUCAAGAAGUUCACUGCAUCUAAGGCGUUGAACAUCAUGGAGAGCACUAAAUCCGUUGACCACGGUGAAUCCAAACAACUUACCAAGUCACAACUCGAUGACAUAUUCUCUCCAUUCGACUUGAAGAGACUUGAGUCUUAUGCUAACAAUCUUUUGGAUUACCAUGUCAUUGUGGAUCUUCUGCCACCUAUCGCUCUCAUCUACUUCUCUGGAAAGAUGAAAGAAGUUAAGCUGACUGCUAUUCAACAGGCCAUUUUGUUGGCCAUUGGUUUGCAACACAAGAGUAUCGAUGAUAUUUACAAAGAGCUUGACAUUGCAUCUAACCAAGCCAUUGCAAUGUUUUCUAAGAUUAUCAGAAAGAUCUCCAACCACUUCAGAGAGCUCUUGAAUCAAGCAAUCGAGGAAACCAUGCCUGAGUUGAAGGACCAGGCUGUUGCGGAGAUGGAUGGUGAGGAGCAAUCUCAAUUUGCUGCAAUCGAGGAAGACCUCGAAGAUGAACUGAAUGAUGAAGGCCAAGAAGCUGUUAAGGCCUUGAAGGAGAAACAGAAGGAGUUGAUCAAUUCUUUGAACUUGUCCAAGUAUAACAUUGACGAUGACGAUCUUGAACUGAACAACGACGACCUUGCAAAGGCUGCCAAAACCGGUAAAGUUGUUGCCUUGAAGAACAAGAAGAAUAAGAGAAAAGGUGAAGAUACUGCUGAGAGUAUUUACCAGGAGGAGAUGAAGCUUGUGAAGAAAGCCAAGAAAGAUCAUAAAAAACGCUGACUUGUAAAAUCUAUAUAGUAAUAGUCUAUGGUGGGAAACUAUGUCUCUUGUAGUUGUUCAACUAACCAUUCAC